AAACCGUGAUAUGAUGGCUCUAUAAAACCAAAAUUCAUUGUAGACGGACGGUGGAAAAAACACGCCGAACACGGAAAAAAAUAAUUCUAGGGUUGUGGAUCCGAUGACAAGUUUGGGGGAUAUGGAAGAUGAUGCGUCGCUGAUGGAUGAUCUUAUGUUUAGCAGAGGAGGAGAUUAUUCGAAUGAUGCGUUGAGGGUAGUAUACGAUGCGGACUCCGAUGGUUCUGAUAUAGAAUUUAGGUCUGAGUCGGGAGAUGACUAUAUUAUCGAACUCUAUAGUAGGGUUGGAGUCCAGUGCCACAAUCUUCAGAUGGGAACAAACUUUAAGUUUAAAACCUGGGAGAUGUUUAGGAUCCAUGUUUCUUCAUCCGAUCAACUCUACAUAACUUUGGAGGCAACGGAUCCGGCCACUGGCUCUGUCUUCUCUUUUCAGACGGUGUUAUUCGAUUAUAGGCGCCGCAGUUCAUUGGGUGUCAGAACGUUUUGGCUCAACUUAACCUCAAGAAUCGAACCUUUACGUAACGAGCGUAUGGAUAAUGUUUGGGACGAGGACACGGUACAUGAACUCUACAAAGGUCCAAUGCCCAAAUGGUUUUCGCAUGAUGCCUUGGCCCUUGAUAGUCAAAAGUAUUACGUGGUGCCAGAAUCAGAGCUCCAUGACAAUGACUGGCUUCAACUUCUCAUGGAAGUCGCCUUCUUCUCCAAAGCAGAUCGUUGUUUGGAUGCUUACCUACCCUUGGAGCUCAACAGUGUUGUUGUGGAAACUUUUGAAGAUAAGCCUCGUGAUAAGCUCAUGGCAAACAAUGCAAUCUACUACCUAAGUUACAAGUGUUGCGUCGAUCCUUGUUCAACGCCUUUGGCUGGUAAUCACCUUGCCAUAAUGAGGAAAACCAUGGAUGGGAAACCAGGUCACAUGAGUCUUGAAGUUGCUCUAACCACCACCGAAGACGAUGACUAGACAUUUGGAUCUAGUUUUAGUUUUUGCAGUUAUGUUUUCUGAACUUUUACUUUGUUUUUAUGUUUCUCUGGACUAGAACGACUUGAAUCUAUAUAUUCGACCUCCA